UUGUUUUUUUUUUGGUUCUCAACACAGUCCAGACGAGAUAACGGAGCUGUAGGGCCAGGACGAUGCAGGGUCUUCUGGCUCUGUGGCUGUCCACUCUGCCUGCUCUGCUCUGGGCGUCCCCACUAUUUGUGGAGGGAGAUAAUGAUGGAUCACAGAUCUGUAAGCCCUCCCCAGACUGGACUAUAGAUGGCCAUGCCCCCAUGAAGGAGCUGGUGGGAAAAGUCGCGGUGGUGGCUCUGCUGAAGGCCAGCUGACAGUUCUGCCUCACGCAGGCCGCCAGGCUAGGUGGGCUGCGUGAUAAGCUCUCUCGGGGCGGCCUGACAGAGGUGAGCUUUCUUGUGGUGAACGAGCAGGAGGCCCAAUCCAGAGCCAUGUACUGGGAGCUGAAGAGAAGGACGGCCGAGGGCAUCCCCGUCUACCAACAGAGGCCGCUGCAGUCGGACGUGUGGGAGACCCUGCAGGGAGACAAAGAUGACUUUUUAGUUUACGAUCGCUGUGGCCAACUAACCUUUCACAUCGUCCUGCCAUACAGUUUCCUCCACUACCCCUAUGUGGAGGCCGCAAUUAGAGCCACGUACCACAAAGACAUCUGCAACUGCACGGUGGAUUCCAAUUCCACUCUUUCAGCGGAUCUACGAAAUUCCAGCAGCGUGGCCAAAGGAGAAAACCAGACCAUGACUAGUUCAGAGCCCACACGCCCUCUGGUGGACCGUGCUGACCACCAUAGCCAUCAUCACCAUGACCAUCCCAGCCAAAGCCAUGGUCAUACCUCACAUAGCACAAAUCCACUCAUCACCAAGGCUGGGGAGAGUCACCAUAGCACACACAACACAGAGUACGAGGGCCACAUCACACACAAACAUGAGCAUCAUCCAGCAGACAGUUAGGCUUUUUUACAGUAGCAUCUCAUUGUGCCUCUUAUUAUGCAUUUCAGUGUAUCGCUGUUGUCAGAUUAAAACCUCGUAUCUACCAAAUGGUAACUUUACAGGAGAAGGAAAAGACACUCUACCUUUUAAUGUAUGUCAAUGGAACCAGACAUUUUUCCAACUACCUUUGGGUAAUUUCCGUUGGUCUAUUCAUCAUGAAAUGUACACAGAAGAUGUAGAACCACAGGUCCUUUCCAAUUAUAUCAAAAA